AUGAAUAGUGUCACUAAUCCAGAGAUUAUGCCGAAAAAGGAAGAGCCAAAGCAAAAUGAAACAGAAGCAGAAACAGAAAACAAAUUAUCAACAGCUGACUUGAAAAACGGCAAAAGUGUUAGUGAUUCUGAAAAACAAAAUGAUUUAGAAGGACAAACUUCUCAAGAUUCACCUUAUUGUGCCUUAUCUUUGAAAAGGAAAACAAUUAUUAUUGGUAUUGUCACUAUAGCUGGUUGUUUAGGUCCUAUUUCAGGAAACAUUUAUAUUCCUAUUUUACCUCAAUUAGAGAAUGAAUUUCACGUUUCGACUCAAGUGAUCAACGGAACAGUAUCGGCAUUUAUGUUUGUAUUUGCCAUAGCACCAUUGAUUUGGGCAUCCUGGGCCGAUUAUGGUGGGAGGAAAACCCUAUAUUUGAUACCAUUAAUAUUCUUCAUAUUGGCUAAUAUAUUGUUGGCAGCAACUCCAGCAAACAUCGUUGGAUUAUACAUUUUGCGAGUUUUACAAGCAUUUGGAGCAUCAAGUGUUAUAUCAGUUGGUGCUGGGACCGUUGCUGAUAUUAUAGAGCCAAAACAUAGAGCCAAGGCCAUAUCGGUAUUUAUGUGGGGUCCUCAGUUGGGUCCAGUAUUGGGACCCGUAUUGUCAAUCAUUGCCUCUAAAGGACAAUGGAGAUGGAUAUUUGGUUUUUUAGCGCUUUUCGGCUUUGCAGUAUAUUUGAUGAUUUUAUUCUUCUUACCAGAAACUUUAAGAUAUCUUGUUGGUAAUUGUGCCUGCUAUAAAGAUACUUCAAUUAUUGUCAAGCCACAUUUGCGACAAAAGAAAAUUGUUGAAGGAUAUCCCGUUCCUCCAAAACCAAGUUUCAAAAAUUAUUGGAUCUUGAUAAAAUUCAAACCAGUUUUGUUGUGUUCAAUUAACUCGGGAUUACUAUUUGCAACAUUUUAUGGAUUAAUGGUGACUUUUGCCCAUGUUUUGAAAAUUGAGUAUUCAUUUACUGAUGCACAAAUCAGUGCUAGCUAUCUCUGUCCCGGUAUCUCUUUAAUAAUAGGUUCCACGAUUGGUGGUUGGGCUUCUGAUAAAAUACGAGCGGAAAUAAUCAAACAUAAUCCUGACAUAUAUGUUCCCGAAUACCGGUUCUCAUUACAAUUUUUGGGAUUAAUAAUAUCUAUGACUGGUGUGAUUGGCUACGGGUGGACAGUCCAUAAACAUACAAAUGUAGUUGCUGUAUUCAUAUUUACUUUUUUGGGCGGUUUUGGCAUGACAUGGGUAUUUGUUGCAAAUACCACUUAUUUGACAGAAUGCACUACUGGACAGCCAGCAACAAAUGUUGCAAUUGGCAAUUUUGCACGAAACAUAUCUGCUACCAUAUGCACGGCAAUAAUAGACCCACUUAUUUCUUCCAUGGGAUUUGGUUGGUGUUUAACUGGAUUAGGUUUAACCAAUAUAUUGGGAAUUGUAUUUGUAGUUAUCUUAUUAAAAUGGGGACCAAGCUGGAGACGACAAUUUCUAAAUAAAAGUACGUAG